CUUAGUUUCCUAAUGCACUUCUUUUAUUUCGGAAUUCGACGAGCGCAUUAUAAAUGGUAUACGGCAAAUUCCGCAGAAAGAAUCCGGAUGAUUGCUACCGGAAUUUUUACGGUCGGCGUUAUUUUUAUUACCUAUAUUCAGUGCGAUGCAAUGGUGAAAGAAUUCUUUCAAAAAGAUGUUGAAAACGAAGUGAUUAUAAGUGAAAUAAACCCAUCUGAGAUGCGAACGAAGAUUAGGGAGAUGAUGCUGCACGCCUGGCGAAAUUAUGCUCAAGUCGUGUGGGGUACAAAUGAAUUUCGUGCGAUUUCGGGACGUGUCCAUGUCGGUAGUGAUUUCGGGUCGUACAAACUCGGCGCUACUAUUAUCGAAAGCUUGGACACACUGCACUUGAUGGGUCUGGAAAAAGAGCUGAAGCGUUCCCGGGAUUGGAUCGAUAAGUCAUUUACUCUGGAUCGCGUUGACGAACCUUUGUCCGUUUUUGUUUUGACAUCCAGGCUGCUUUGCCCUAUGCUUACACUCUACUCCCUCACUGGGGAUCCUUUUUACAAGGAAAAGGCCAUCCAUAUUGCCGAUAAGAUACUGCCUGCCUUUGACACAUCAACUGGAAUACCAAGACGACUCGUGGUCCCAAAAGAAGGCAGCACCCUCACAAAGUACCUGGAUGACGUGUCUCUAACUUCAGAGUUUGGAGCCCUGCACUUGGAGUUCUUUUACCUCAGCGAAAUCACUGGAAAUUCAGUUUACAAGGACCGGGUGGAGGGUAUUCGGAAGAGAUUAGCUAAAGCAAACAAUUUGAAUGGUCUAUAUCCAAAUGCCUUUUGCACGAAAUAUGGUAAAUGGGAAAACCAAAAUUGCUCGAUGAACCGAUACCAUGAUAUUCUGUUAAAGUCAUGGGUGCAAUCCGGGAAAGUUGAUCUUGAAAAUGCCGAUCAGUUUAAAGAAGAUUUGCUGGCUGUGGCGCAAAAUCUGGUUGUCAUAAAUCCUGAGGGCGUAACCUAUGUUUCGGAGUUAAUUGGUAGUACCUUAACGCAUCGGAUGAAACAGUCAGAUUGUUUCGCUGGCGGCCUUUUCGUCCUGGGAGCAGCGGAAGCUAUGAUGAAGCACUGGGAGAAGUACGCCCAGAUCGGCAUUGGCAUAACAGAAACGUGCCAUGACAUGUUCUACGAUUCGAGUACUCAAUUGGGUCCUGAUAGUUUUGCCUUUACAAAAGAAAGCCAGGAGGAAAUAUCUACCCUUCAGAGAAACUUCUAUAUGCUGCGGCCAGAAGUCGUCGAAAGCUACUUGGUGCUUUGGCGAUUGACUCAUCACCCUAAGUAUCGCAAGUGGGGAGUUGAGAUGAUACUAGCGAUAGAGAAAUACUGUCGGACGCCAAACGGAUAUACUGGUAUUAUGGACGUCCAUAACAGGUCUUCGGAGCCAGAUGACGUGCAAAGAACUUUCUUCCUAGGCGCGACCCUCAAGUACUUGUUCCUUUUGUUUUCCGACGAUGGAGUGAUUUCCUUGGAAGAGUGGGUGUUCAACAGUGCAGGACAUUUCCUACCUAUCAAGGGGGUAAAUGCGAUGUAUCGGGAAUAUAAAAUAAAUAAUUAAACAAAUAAAUAUCACAGAAUAACUAUCUUCAGCUGAAAACAACUUGUAAUCAAUUAAAUAAAAUAUGAAAGACGAAGAAGUACUUUAAUCCAAA